ACUACAAUUGUUCUUGCAUUAAAGAAGGAUUGACAUCUCCUGAUGAUGAAGGUCAAUAUAUUGAUGCUGUUUCUGGAACGUGUAAUACCAACUGUCUUUCAUUACCUUUGUUUUUUGCCUUUUACUUUUCUGCAACUGUUUUUUCUAAUCUCUGUAGUAUACCUGCCCUCUUGAUUAUCAUGGAAAGUGUACCCACCAGUUGGAAUUCAAUGAGCCUGGGUGUGAUGUUUACAGUUUGGAGAUUCAUUGGAGCUAUCCCUGCACCAAUAUUUUUUGCAGAAACAUCAGCUUUAUGCUGUAGUUUUUGGGACAUUGAUGAAUGUGGAAUUAAAGUACGUUGUUGGAUCUAUAAAAAGAAACAAUUGGCCUACACAUUUGUAACAAUAUGGAUUAGCAUGCAAGUAGCCACAAGCUUGCUUUGUAUUUAUGCGGUGAGCAGACAUGAUUACGUGGUAAAAGAAAAUACUGAGAGUCUGAAAUCACCUGUGAAGCGUAAAAAAGCAAAAAAAGAAGAUGGCAAAGAUUAAUUACAAACUGAUUUCUUCAUUGUGACUGGAGAAUCAGUGAGGUUCUGAGUUCUAAGGACUGCAGUCUGUCAUUUUGGAGAUUUCAUAAGAUGCA